CAAAUCAACAUUAAUUAAGGAUCGAAAAACAACGAUGGCAAGCUUAACUAGUCUGUUUACCACCGUCCCCAAAUCCGGCCUUGUCGGAGCAUCCGUUGCAAGGAACGCCACUUCAACCCCUAGGAUUUUUUUGGCUGCAGCCCCUAGACGUAUUCAAGCAAGUUCACAGCAAGAUGCAGCUGCAGAAGUCAAUGAAACUAGGAAUGCUGCUGAAAAUGUUUCACAGACAGCCAAAGACAUGGCCAGCAAGGUGUCAGCAACCGCACAAGAUGUGUCUGAGAAAGCAAAGCAGACAGCACAAGAUGCAUGGAGCCAAGCUAAGGGCACCGCCCAGAAGGCGGCAGACACUGUCAUGGGCAAGGCCGACGAAUCCAAGGAAUUCGUCAAAGAAAAUGCUGAGCAGGUCAAGAAAAGCAUGAAUACCAAGAAAGAGACCAUAUAAUUCGUCCUGUCCCUUGUUCAUAUUUCAUAUGUUAACCCUCCUUUUCAAAAUUGUGUUAUGUACGUAUUUCCCGUUUCAAAUGUAUCCACUAUGGGAGAGAGACUUACCUACAUUACCGGGUGUGUUUUAGAUUAAUAACAUGAUGGCAUGUUUUAGCCUCGUAUAAUUGGUCUGGAAUACCACCAUCUUAGGGUUUCACGUAAGUCCUUCUCCCGUUGUUGAGAUAUUUUGUUCCUUUUUUCGUUUUUUUAUUUUAUUUUGUUAAAUUGGGAUAUUGUUCCUUACACUGCAAGAAAGUGUUUGGUCUCUCUCUUGUAUCAAAUGUAAAGGAAAUUCCAGUGUCAAUAAAUCCUUCCCAAUUAUCUGUACAAAUAGUUCAAAGCUGUUAUUGUUUUGAGUUUUUUUCAUUCUCAGUUUCUAAAUAAUUUAGAUUCAUGAGCGGCCACUCCUUGGCA